UCUAUUUAAAAUUCUUUUUAGCGGCAACUUUUGUGAUCUGUUGUUCUUUGCCAAUUGCCAAACUUCAUAAAUUUAUUAAACAAUUUACACGAUUCCACUUUAUCAAUUGGCAAAUAUUUAAAUUAAAUGGAUAACGAAACUAGAGUCAACACAUUUUUUGUGUCAGAAAAAAUCUCAAAAGUUCGCUGGGUACCGGAACAAUUCAAAGACUGCGAACGAUUCCUUACCGGGAGCUGGGACUCUACCAAAAACUCGAUUAAACUGUGGAAACUUGAAAAGAAUCAAUAUUCCGAUGAAUACGAUGAAUAUGUUCCUAAAUGUAAUGAUCAAAUAUCCAUGAAUGGAGAUGUUAGUGGUAUGGAAUUGCUAGGCUUAGAUAAUGCUGUAGCCUCUUCCUCAGAUGGAAUUGUGACGAUUGUUGCCAUAAACAGAGCUGUGGAAGAAGAUCGUUUACGAAUCACCGGACAAUCAGAACUUCUGCAUAAAAGAAAUUCCGGCAAACCAUCCCCAUGCACUGGUUUGUCGGUCUUCAGCAAAGAUAUUGCUACCGUUGGGGAAGACGGAAGAUUAAACAUCAUAUCGGCCACUAACUUGAGAAUCAUAAAGACUAUUGAAGCCGACAGUUGCUCCCUAAACGCUGUUUCAUACAUAAGUCCUAAAGAGAUCCUUACAGCCAAUCGAAUGGGAGUAAUAAAAAUGUUUGACAUAAGAUCCGAAAACGAAGACCCAACUAUUUCUUUCAUGAUUUCUUGUGAGGAUGAUCGAAAAUCUAAUUAUGUUUCCUGCUUAACGUAUCAUCCCACUCAAAAGCAUAUCGUUCUUGCUGGAAGCGAAGAAGGUUCCAUAACUGUGUGGGAUCUCCGACAGCCUGGCUUCCCCGCCUCGUAUUUAAGUGCACACAACAGUGCCAUCACUGAAAUUGGGUUUCACAAAUCUGAACCGUCUAAGCUUUUUACUGCUUCGGAAAAUGGCGAAGUAUGGCAAUGGACACAAAAUGUUAUGAUGCUUCCGAAUGACAUGGAACCACAAAUGAUGCGACAAUCUGAAAGUGAUAAUAUAAAUCCUUGGCUAAAUGGAGAACGUGCCAAGAGCCGCAUCAAUGUAACCUCGCUUAUUACUGACCUGAGAAAACCUAUCAACUCUUUUGAUUCAUUUGGAACGAAAAUUGUGUGUGGUAGCGAUAGUGAGGCCGUUUAUUUUAUUGAUAGUUGCAUUUAAGAUCAAAAUAAAAGUUCA